UCCUUUUUUAAAUCAAUAGCAGUUAAUUAAAGCCUGGAGGAAGCGCUUUGAUAACGCGUCCCCUCGAGUCUCACAGAGCAGCGCACUCCUUGGCGUGUCUCAUUGCUGGUGACUCUUCUGCUGCUGUGGACGCGGCUCUGUUGCCUGGUUUAGUUCGCAGCGCAGUCUGAGGAAGAUUCUAAAUCUGUGCCGCUGGACAGCAGGGAGGAAUACUGUCCUGGAUAAAGAAUAGGAGACAAGAAUACAGUUUAAGAGACACUAAAUAAAAGCAUGGGGUAGAAAUAGCAGAGGUUACUGCCUGGAAGUUUACUCGUAAAGAAUGACCUUUCUGCGACCCUGUGCUGUAUUUACCAAAAACAAGUUCACACGCCCUGAACCUGCAAGACUAGCGAAGAGAAAGCCAUGAAACUGCGAGCAUGCCUGCGCCAUUGUGGAUCUGUUUGUGAGAACGGCGCUGAACUUGAAUUAACCUGAUAUACUUCUAAAAAACAUUAUCAGGGGUAUCGCGUUAGUGUUUGAACAUCUCAUUCAGAAGAAGAGGACGGGAAAUAUCAAUAUAAUUACACGAAACACAGAUUAUAUAUCUGCGUGAAACUCGCAGCAUCGACGCUGCUGCCGCCUGAUAGAGAAAGGACUAUACCAACUCCGGCAUGGGGGAGGGGUUACCUGAAUUCAAAUUGUAUUCACUGGGAAAAAUAUAGAGCUACAAACAGCUCGAUUACGAUGUUAAAAUUGAAAGUCAUAUUCAUUUUUUAUUAAAAGAUCCCCGGUAUCUCAAUUCCCUUUGCGGUUCAUAUUAGAUGAAUUGUCAGACCGCGCUGAUGGGUUUGUAUUUUGUGAUUGGUAUAUUCCUCGUUCUGUGGGAGACAGACCCGUUCAGACACUGAGGGAGAGCAGAGAGGAGAUUUGGAGUGGCUGGUAACGGCUCUCACCUGAAGAGCAGAAAGGACACAUUCACUGAGGAGACGGUCAGAGCGAGUGACUAGAGCACUAGAGCCGUGCUGCACAUCCCACUGACAAUACCUGAAGACUGCCUUAUCUUGGUGAAAGCCAAGGAACAAAGAUGGAGUCCGUUUACAUUAAACAGGAGGAGGUUCAGGAAUUGGUACCUGUCAGCAUUAAACAGGAGAUGCCUGAACUGGAGCCUGUCCACAUGAAAGAAGAGACUGAACUGGAGCCUGUCCACAUUAAACAAGAGACUGAACUGGAGCCUGUCCACAUUAAACAAGAGACUGAACUGGAGCCUGUCCACAUUAAAGAAGAAGAGACUGAACUGGAGCCUGUCCACAUUAAAGAAGAAGAGACUGAACUGGAGCCUGUCCACAUUAAAGAAGAGACUGUACUGGAGCCUGUCCACAUUAAAGAAGAGGAGACUGAACUGGAGCCUGUCCACAUUAAAGAAGAGACUGAACUGGAGCCUGUCCACAUUAAAGAAGAGGAGACUGAACUGGAGCCUGUCCACAUUAAAGAAGAAGAGACUGAACUGGAGCCUGUCCACAUUAAACAAGAGACUGAACUGGAGCCUGUCCACAUUAAAGAGGAAGAGACUGAUCUGGAGCCUGUCCACAUUGAAGAGUCUAUUGACUUGUUUAAGGAUACAGAAAAAAUGUCCCAGCCAAAGAUAUCACAUCAGUGUAAUGAAUGUGUGAAGAGCUUCAGCCGGCCAAGAAGCCUAAAAACACACCAGCGAAUUCACACUGGAGAGAAGCCAUAUCACUGUACUGAAUGUGGGGAGAGCUUCAAUGUGUCAGGAAGCCUAAAAAAACACCAGCGACUUCACACUGGAGAGAAGCCAUAUCAAUGUACUGAAUGUGGAAAGAGCUUCCGUAAGUUAGGAGCCCUAAAAAAUCACCAGCUAAUUCACACUGGAGAGAAGCCACACCACUGUACUGAAUGUGGAAAGAGCUUCCGUGAGUCAGGAGCCCUAAAAAAACACAAGCUAAUUCACACUGGAGAGAAGCCGCACCACUGUACUGAAUGUGGAAAGAGCUUCCGUAAGUUAGGAGCCCUAAAAAAUCACCAGCUAAUUCACACUGGAGAGAAGCCGUAUCACUGUACUGAAUGUGGAAAGAGCUUCCGUGAGUUAGGAAGCCUAAAAAGACACCAGCGAAUUCACACUGGAGAGAAGCCAUAUCAAUGUACUGAAUGUGGGGAGAGCUUCAGUGAGUCAGGAAACCUGAAUAGACACCAACACAUUCACACUGGAGAGAAGCCGUAUCACUGUGUUCAAUGUGGGAAAAGCUUCACUGACAAAGGAACACUAAACAAACACCAGCGAAUUCACACUGGAGAGAAGCCGUAUCAAUGUACUGAAUGUGGGAAGAGCUUCAAUGCGUCAGGAGACCUAAAAAGACACCAUCGAUUUCACACUGGAGAGAAGCCAUAUCACUGUUUUGAAUGUGAGAAAAGCUUCACUGACAAAGGAAAACUAAAAAAACACCAGCGCAUUCACACUGGAGAGAAGCCGUAUCACUGUGUUGAAUGUGGGGAGAGCUUUAGGCAGUCAGGAACACUAAAAACACACCAGCAAAUUCACACUUGAGCCAGCCUCCCUCCUCUCCCAGUCCCUCACCUCUCCACCCUGCUUGUUUGUGUGUGUGGAGAGCUGACUGAUUCCUUGUCUCUCUCUCUCUCUCACCCUGCAGUAAAUGAAGGGGGUCCCCAGGAGUGAGAGCCAGCCUGAAUCCAGAGACACUGAGAAAGGGAGCGUGACAAACUGAAGGAGACAGACCCAUUCUUUCAGAAUGAACUGCAUUGGAAAUUAAUCUCACUCAUCAUGCUGUGAGGAUUUAUGCCAAGCUUGUUUCUGUGAACACAUUAAACAAAGAUGCCAAAAACACAUCCUAUUUUUAAAAUACCAUUACUGUACCAAAAGUAGAAGAAACUAAAACUAAGAAUAUGUUCCUGGGUGUGGCAGCAGUGUGUGCUUCAUCUCACUAGAAUGGCCUCUAAGCUAUUGCACCAGUGCAAGCACAAGCUGAAACAACCUUUUUUUAUCUGAUGUGCAAACUUUUCCCUGCUCUGCUGAGUGUUUAAAGCGCACAGAAGGACCUUUUUAUUUGAUUGUGUCGCAUGUUCCCAUGUGUUGCUACAACUGUUUACGGAAGGUGUGUGUAUUCUUUAAUUUUUUUUACAUUUUGACCACUUUUUUAAACUUUUAAAUUGCAUUCACUGUCUCAAGAUGGCUUCCCACGUACCCGCAUGGACCUCUCAGAACUUUCCCAUCAUCCUCCUGCUCACAUGUAACACAAUAAAAUAAAAAGGUCCUUCUGUACCCUUUAAGUACCGAGAACCUCCCAGCUUGUUGUAUACUGGAGCCCUAUCAUUUUAGUAGAGCUGUAUAAAUGUACUGUAAAACAUAAGUUUGCAAUGUGCAUUUACUCAAAUCUGCAAAACCUACAUGCUACAGCAUUACCAUUAUUAUUACAUUCAUAGUUGAUACAGUUUAUGAGUAACUGAUCUAAACAAUCUGCAGAAUGAAGUUGCCUCAGACUGUUUGACAGUAACAGGUCUGGUGCUUUUGUGGAAUCACCAUUAGCUGUUUAUUCCUUUGGGCAAAAUAUGGCUUGUUUGCUUGUAUUUGGUAUCAGUAUGCUAUGUGGCAAUGUGCCCCGCCCCUGUGUGCAUUUGUGUGUUAUAUGUUGUAUGUUGCGUGCGUGUGUUAAUGUUGGUGUAUAGUCAUUGAUACACGGGAUAUAAACGGGUCUGUGUUUCACGUGUGAUUUUAAAAAGGUAGAUUUGUAUUUAGGCACGAGGAGAGCACAAAUCACUUCACGUGCUGAUUAAAUGUAAUAUGUGAGCACGGGGUUGCACAGAAUUAAUUCACGUGCUGGGAUUCAAGUGAAUAAUUAAUUAGUAAUUGAAUCCCAGCACAACAGUAUAUAUAGAGACACGUAGCAUGCAGUCAGGGUUAGGUGUUCGGAAGAGGAGAACGGGUGAGAGAGAGAGGAGAGUUAAACUCAUUAAAAGUAAAGUGUUUUGUUUGUACUCACCGUGUUUGUUCGUCUGUCCUGCACCGUCUGUUUAGUGUUUAGUCAUUUUGUAUGUCUGUUUAUUUUGGCGCAAGUGCCGUGUCCUGUGUUUUUGUUACAACCUUUUUAUUUUCUGUUCGGUUUAUUAAAUGGUGAGCGCGAUCACGCGCUCAGCUUAAACAAACCCCAUCUUUCUGUUUAUUUAUUUCCUGCAUCUGGUCUGACGCCACCCACUCCGGCCGUCUUUGUGACAGCUAUCAUUAAAUUGACAAUACAGUACAUCCAAAGGCAGGCUUAGUUAUUUUUAAAGGAUGUCAUUGAAAUUGAGUUUGAUUUCCUGUACGUUUUCGUUAAAAGUAUGUUAAAAGGUUUGUCAUUGUUUAAACUGUCAGUGAUUCCUGAGAUACAGAUCUGCAGUGGAACUGAACAAACCCAAGGGAGACAUUGAAAAAGGGGAAGAUGCUGCUGUUUGUGGUGAAUAUUCCCUGAAUAUGAUAUUAAUACAUGAAAGUGUAUUAUAAAUGUAAAUGUGACAGAUUAAUGAAAUCUCUGUGUCUUGAAGAAAAAGGGCUCCUUUCCUGCAGAUACACUGAACUGUGUGAGCCCUGAACUAGGCGAGCAGGGCUGGGUGGCAUCUGGACUGGAUUAGGCUGAAAGGACAGUUGAAUUCUGUACAGAUAUUUCACAGCGGCAACAAGAAGCGGUUUGACGCGAGGAAGACAUAAAGCAUCGAUGUCCUAGCGGAAAAGGACAUUAAACAUCAAAGGACUGAGUUUUAAGAUGCAAGAUGAACAAAUGACCUAAUGCAGAUAGCUACCUAGAAUAGAGAAAUGCUAUAAAUAUUCAAGCAAAACUAAACAUGUUGUGCUGCACUUUGACUGCUAAACUAAUUGCUGUCACUCUGCUAUGCCAACUCCGGGACUCUGACUGAGAACACGACCCAAAAAGGGAAGGCAAGCUAGUAAACAACCAAAUGCAGAGAGACUGAGGCCUGGCUGGAGGACUGCCAUAAGACUUACAGAGACUUUCAUCAGACAAACAAGUCUGAGUCUGCUGUACCUAAGCCAGUAUAGUUCCAGUUGCAUUUUUCUCGCAUGAAACUAAAUUAAUUAAUUGUAACACAUUCACAUACAAUUGAACUGUUAAUUGUUUAGUUUGCACACCUUGCAUGUGAAACUUGAAGUAAUCUACCUCAUAGCUGUAUGAAUUUAUUUUAAAGUAAUCUUGCUAUAUCGUUAAACAAUUUCCUAUUAGUAAGCUUAGUGUGAUCUGUUGUAAGAUUGUCUGAACCAUUUCAGUUUAGGCUGUAUGUGUGUGUGUGAGUGUAAGCAGUGUCAUAUUUCACUGGCCCUGCUAGAUGCUUUAACGCAGGCUGAGAGCUUUGACUUUAUGACUGUUAUGCUUAGAAAACUAAGAUUGGCUUUCUGACUUUUGUGAUUUCUGUUUAAUAUUUGUGCUCUGAAUACAAUACUACUAUUGAUGAAACAUUCCUUGUGUCUAGAGUGUGUAUGUGGGUUCAUAGUAAAUCCUCAAUCGUGUAAAACAUCAAUUAAAUAGUUUUUAUAAGAUAACUAAUCAAUCUAGAUAAAACUCUAAACUCUCAAUUAUAAAAUGGAGGACCACCAGAUUAAGACCCUGUCAUGGCCAGCCUAAUCUCCAGACCUGAACCCCAUUGAAAACCUCUGGAAUGUGAUCAAGAGGAAGAUGGAUAGUCACAAGCCAUCAAACAAAGCCGAGCUGCUUGAAUUUUUGCGCCAGGAGUGGCAUAAAGUCACCCAACAUCAAUGUGAAAGACUGGUGGAGAGCAUGCCAAGACGCAUGAAAGCUGUGCUUGAAAAUCAGGGUUAUUCCACCAAAUAUUGAUUUCUGAACUCUUCCUAAGUUAAAACAUUAGUAUUGUGUUGUU